AAAUUGCCAAGUCAGUGAAAGUGUGAAGCAGGAAGAGACAAAUCAUGAUGGUGGGGAAUUGAUUCUGCUGGUAAAGGUGAGUUACUCUGAACAAUCAAGUAGCUUGUUCAUUACUCUCUGCUGUAUAAAACUGAAACGCCAAGACUUGCUAGAUCCAGUUGUACUUGCAACUAAGUGGGUUCAUUUUGCACUUUGAACCUUGAGCUAUUUCUUCUGGUUUGAUCCUCGUCCUCUGCAUCAUCAGAGGAAGUUGCAAAGAUGGCAAACACCGACCAAGAAAGUGAUCCACUAAUUGAAAACAACCACCAACCCCAAGAUUCGGUAAUUGAAAUCCCUGUAGAAGUCUUAGAGCUUGCGCCUGAGUGUUGUAUUUACAAGGUCCCUAGUCGUUUUCGUGAAGCAAACCAAAAAGCCUACAUUCCUCAGUUGAUUUCAAUAGGGCCUCUUCAUCAUGGUAACGAAAAUUUGGCUACAAUGGAACGGCAAAAGCUGAGAUAUUACAAGAAAUUUUCAGAAAGGACUUGUGAGAAGACAUUGAAACAAUUUGAGAGCUACAUCGAAGAUCAUGCAGAAGGUAUAUGUAGGUGUUAUGAAAUCCAGUGUAUUCUUUUGUUAGAGGCUCCCAAGUUUAAGAAGAUAAUAUUACAUGAUGCAGUUUUUAUAAUUGAGCUCUUCUUGAGGGAAAGUGAAAAUUAUUCCGACGAUGACUUCUUAAGCCGCAAAGCAUUGUUAAGUGUCGAACUUCCAACAGAUUUGAUGUUACUUGAAAAUCAACUCCCGUUGUUUGUCCUUAAAGAACUAUAUAACCUAGCAUUUCCUAACUCUGGUAUCUCUUUUCUCGAACUUGCUUGUUGGUACUUCGAUAUCCAUACUGAUCGAUCAUUGAAAGAAAAAGAGAUUAAACAUUUUACGGAUUUAAUUAGAUACCAAGUAGUGAGUAAUCGUCCGCGAAACAUUGAUCGGUCGAGAAUCCACAAUAUCUACAAUGCAUCGAUGUUGCAUGAGGCUGGUGUGAAGUUUACUGGUGUUAAAAGUGGUAUAUUUAAGAUUGGUAGGAGUACAAUUAAUAAUACUAUAAACAGCUUGCUUGACGUAGACUUUGAGAAGGGAGAGCUAAAACUCCCAGCUAUUGAUGUAGCGUAUGAAAGUGAGACUCGUUUCAGAAAUCUGAUGGCUUUCGAACAAUGUCACUAUCCAUAUAAGGCUCACUUUUGUAGUUAUAUUCAAUUACUAGACUCUCUUGUUGACACUAGUGAAGAUGUAGAUUUACUGGUAAAGGAAAGAAUUAUUGUCAAUAGAUUGGGUAGCAGUGCAGCUGUGGCGGAUAUGAUUAACAAUCUUGCAGUGGGAAUUGUACAUUCAACUACGCUCUAUGGCAAAAUCGGACGUGAUCUAAACCAGUACAAUGAUAAUUCUUGGAAUCAUAGAUGGGCAGCCUUGAAGCAUGUCUACUUCAACAAUCUUUGGAGAGGAACUGCGACUGUUGCUGCUUUUAUUGUGGUGGUACUCACUCUUACGCAAACUAUAUUGGCAAUCUUGGAACGAGUAAAGCCCACAAAAUAAAAUCAGUCUUUUUGUUUGUACUAAUAUGUGUUUAUUUCGCACUUCUAAGUUUAUUUGCUUGACCGUGUGAGUAGAAGGGUGGUUUGGAUUCGAACUUUGUUGCUUUUGUCAGGGAACAAUUGUAUUCCUAUUAGAUGUUGUCAUAUUUUUAUGGGAUUGGAUUGUUUCUAUUCAAAAUCCACAUCUUUCCUUAUUAA